CGUUUUCGUGGAGUUUGCUAAAUGACUGCAGCAACAGAAUCCAGUGUGUGUGAGCACACCGAGGCUGGCAGUACUGUACCUUCCUGUGCGUGUGCGUGCGUGCGCGCGUGUCUCUCCUGCCAUGGAAGACGUUCCACACGAGCCCGACACGCAGCUGUGGACGUCGCUCUGACGCUGUUGGUCCGUUUUGCUCUGUCCGGACGCGGAGCGGAUGAUGUGGAGCUCAGCGGCAGCAGCGGCCGCCGGUGCGUCUCCAACUUGACCACCACCAGACAAUGGGAGUAGCUGAGCCGUGCUGCUUCAGCACCAACUACUACUACUACUACUACUACCACCACCACCACCUGCCCCUGGGAGACGAGAGGGAGCAGCAGCAGGACGAGCUGAAGAAGAGCAAGCGGAGGCAGACUUGUUCUCCCUCCUACCGUGUGCAGCGGACUGAGAACGGGACCUGAACGCGGAUCCAGAGCGACGCUCCGUCUGCGCCUCUGAGACCAGCACUCCUCUGUGUGUGGAAUUAGGGGAUCUUAUUCAGGCACCUGCACAGUUUGUCAGAGCUCCGGAGACAGCGAGGAGCAGCCGCAGCAGCCGAAACUCUGAGGGAAUAUGUUUGGUUUGCCCUGUGAGCGCCGUGGAUGGCACACACUGGACUUAACAAUAAUUGGGUGGAAUUGCGCGUCAAUUAAGAGCAGCCUGUGAGCGACUGGAGAUCCCCCCCAUCCUCCCCCACCUCCCCCUCCUCCUCCCCCAUCUGCCCCCCCACCCUCAGCCCCGCGAGCCAUAAACCUGGACGCGCACCUUCCCCGCAGCCCCGCCGGUGUCUGCCUGCGUCCGUGCCGGUCCUGAAUACAAUUUUCUGGGUGGAUUUUGUGGAUCCCCCCCCCUCCCCUGCGGCUCUGGAGGCGUGAGAGCGGACACAAGUGUGAAUCCACGGCCGCUGAGGUCAUGAGCGUCCCACGGCUCCGCACCGGCGACUCGCACCCAAAAAAACUCCCAUUUUUCAGCUCAUAUUGGAGGUCAUAAACCACAACCACAACCCCCCUCCCCUCUCCUCCUCCUCCUCCUCCUCCUGCUCCUUAUCCUCCUUUUCCACCACUAAAGAUUUUUUUUCCUCAAGAGUGUGACCCCCCGCCCCUCACCCCCUCCCCCCCAACCUUCAAACAAAAUGAGACUGGCAAAAAUGUGCCGCGUAAACGCGCUGGGGAUCUAUUUGUGGGAAACAGUAGUGUUUAUAAGCUUGGCAGCAUCAAAAGAAGCUGCGGCGAGGAAAGCUGCCUCUCCAAUGCCGCCGUCUGAAUUCCUGGACAAACUCAUGGGCAAAGUUUCGGGUUAUGACGCCCGAAUUCGACCAAAUUUUAAAGACCCCAAAGGCUCCAAAAAUGAAGCUACUCACAAGAAAGGUCCGCCUGUAAACGUGACCUGCAACAUUUUUAUCAACAGCUUCGGCUCCAUCGCUGAAACAACGAUGGACUACAGAGUGAACAUCUUCCUGAGACAGCAGUGGAACGACCCCCGGCUGGCCUACAGCGAGUACCCUGACGAUUCGCUGGACCUCGACCCCUCCAUGUUGGACUCCAUCUGGAAACCUGACUUGUUCUUUGCCAACGAGAAAGGGGCCAACUUCCACGAGGUCACCACUGACAACAAGCUGCUCCGCAUCUCGAAAAACGGCAACGUGCUCUACAGCAUACGAAUAACCCUGGUGUUGGCCUGUCCCAUGGAUCUGAAGAACUUCCCGAUGGAUGUCCAGACCUGCAUCAUGCAACUGGAGAGCUUCGGCUACACUAUGAACGACCUCAUAUUCGAGUGGGACGAGAAGGGAGCCGUGCAGGUGGCCGACGGCCUGACGUUACCUCAGUUCAUCCUCAAAGAGGAGAAGGACCUGCGCUACUGCACCAAGCACUACAACACAGGUAAAUUCACCUGCAUCGAGGCUCGUUUCCAUCUGGAGCGUCAGAUGGGCUACUACCUGAUCCAGAUGUACAUCCCCUCCCUGCUCAUCGUCAUCCUGUCCUGGGUGUCCUUCUGGAUCAACAUGGAUGCUGCGCCCGCCCGGGUGGGUCUGGGCAUCACCACCGUGCUGACCAUGACCACGCAGAGCUCCGGUUCCAGAGCCUCCCUGCCCAAGGUGUCCUACGUCAAAGCCAUCGAUAUCUGGAUGGCCGUAUGUCUGCUGUUCGUGUUCUCGGCCCUGCUCGAGUACGCCGCCGUCAACUUCAUCGCCCGCCAGCACAAGGAGCUGCUGCGCUUCAGACGGAGGCGACGACACAUGAAGGAGGAUGAGACAGGCGAGGGUCGCUUCAGCUUCCCUGGCUACGGCAUGGGCCCCGCCUGCCUGCAGGCCAAAGACGGCAUGGCCAUCAAGGGCAACAACAACAAUGCCCCGGCAUCGGCCGCGCCUGAGAAGAGCAUCGAGGAGAUGAAGAAGCUGUUCAUCAGCAGGGCCAAGCGCAUCGACACGGUGUCCCGCGUGGCCUUCCCACUCGUCUUCCUCAUUUUUAACAUUUUCUACUGGAUCAUUUACAAGAUCAUCCGCAGCGAGGACAUCCACAAGCAGUAGUUGUGAGGCGGAGGAGGAGGAGGAGUGCAAAGAGGAGAAUGCAGAGAAGGAAAUGGAAAAAGAAAAAGAUGACUUAGAUAGGUGAUACCAUCGCCAAUUUUCUCACAUGAACCACGCUGUCCUUCAUCCUCUACCUUUUUGGUUGAGGGCAGUCAUCCUCCCAGCCCUCCCUGACACCUAUUAGACAUUAUUUGAGAUAUUUAUUGCGUUCUUUUCCCUUUACUCUCCCCUCCUGCCCAAAUCCCAUCCCCAUUCCGUCUCUUGACACCUCCUGAAUACCCCGGACCAGUGCAAUAGCAAUGCAGUGAAAUGCAUGAUAUUUGAAUGUGGCAAUAUAUUAAUGAAAAGAUGAAAAAGUAAACCCAGACUCUGUCGGCACACCCUACAAACUGUGUGGGAGUGGACAGACCGGAAGGAAAGAAGACUAUGUUGUGAUUUUAGAUAUGUAGCUGUAUAUGAAGUGACGUCGGGUCGGGGUGGGGGGAGCAUACCGCAGUGUAAUAUACUCAUAUAUCUGUCAUAAAUGGGGGGGAAAAGAACUUCUGGAAAUUAGGGAUUUUUUUUUCACCCAAAAAAAUGGGAAGGCAGGCGGAUCGGUGCUUCCAUUCAAUAAGGCCAUGCGAGGGUCACGCAUUCUAUUUAUCCAGAUUUUGCUUCAGUGUGUAUCGCGAGCACUCCUCGGAGCUUUUUCCUCGCCGCCCUGCCGCCAACACCACGACACCUCGAACUGCAGCGACACUUUGCUGCUGCUGUCAGUCAUUCUACAGGACAAAAGAAAAAAAAACAAUCACCGCACGAGCAGUGCUGAAGAAUCUGAGACAAAAUAUCUCACGUGUCUGUGAUGUUCCCCCACUUGUCGCUCAUUUAACUCAAAUUGCAUUGUUUUUGGUUUAUUUACGUGUCGAGUAAAACACGUUGCUUGCGGUUUUCGUCAGGAGGUGGGAAAUGGUUCGACGUUGGAUGGACUGACGUCUUCUCACAGGCUUCUUCUUCUGGGUUUCUGAGUUUGAUUUCAGCGACUUGAUCCUGGACAGGAAAGUGCAGCAUUUGUUUUCCUUGUUGUGUUCAUUGGGACUGAACCACAGAUAUGUUUACAUCUUAUUAGUGCUUCCUUGCUUUGACCCCCGCCUUAAUGUGACCCUGUCCACCCCUCCCAGCUGAGAGGACACCUGUAGUAAAUGAUAAUAGCACCUAUCUGUAUUUCCAUCUUGUUCAUAUGCACCAGCCGUUGCUGCAAACUCCAUCAUGUGUGAAAACAGGAAUUUAUUUUGUCAUCGCCAUGUUGGACAGGAUUUGAACAUUUAACAGUUCAGUUGGUUUGAUUGAUGAUUUAUCAGGUGACCCUUUUACAUUGCGCCAGGCUUCUCUAUGCAAUGAUCAGUAUAUGCAAAUAUGAUUUGUCCUUCCUUUUCGCAGCUUUACCUCUUGUUUCACUGCUAACCACUGAACAAGUCUGUCAGGCUCACUGCUAACUGCUGGAGGGGAUGGAGACGACAAAGUGAUCAAACUGUUCCGGCGCAUGCAGAUUAACGCACAGAAAAAUGUUUUGUAUAGUCGAACUUAUCAGCCAAACCUCGGAGCCAGUUAGAAACUGAAACACACACGCGUGUUUCUUAUUUUUUCUUCACCGUUUUUCCUCUGUUGUUUACUAAAAACAAACUUCAAAGUGAUAGGGACAUAGCUCGACAUUUUAAGUCGGUCAGUUCAGUGCAGAGCUGAAGCCAGGAGGUGAUUAGCCUAGCUUAACUUUACUGCUGUUACAUUGAAUAAUUGUAGUGUAGCUCAUCAUUGGGCCGCUGGUCGAGCUGUUGGGGAGGUGUAGUUGUGAAAGUUGGAGAGAUCCAGGCCAGAUGUUUCCAGCUUUUAUGCUAAGCUAGGCUAACAGAUCCCACUCCCACACACAGCGAGGAAUCGAUUCAUUUCACAGUAAAAGUAGAGCGCAGUGUUUUAAUUUGACUUGUCACUCCUGAGCAUCACAUACAAGGAUGAAAAUAAUGUUUCAGUGAAAAUCUCAGUCCAACUUGGUUUUGAAGCAAAACCAAAGAUGUGGGGUUUUUUUUGUUUGUUUCUCAUGUUUGGUGUUUUUGUCUUUGUGCUGCUGUUGUGGUUCAAUCAUUUUCUGUUUGUCUUUUUAAGAUGGCUGCCAGAUGCAGUAUUGGGUUUGAUAGAUUAACUCCAGAUACACCAAAUAAAAUUCUAAUUACAACUAAUAUGAAUUAUAAUAUAGACCUGUUAUGAUGAAUCAUUACUGCAUAUUCCCUCUACAUUCUUGUAUUGCUUCAUUUUGAUGUUGUUACUCUUGUUUAAAUGAGAUUAGAGAUCCUUCUUGCUGUUAUUUCAAGAUGUGUGGAAGACUGAUCUGAAGGGCUACGCCACGCACAUCCUUCUGUUCACGUUCCAACAUGUUUGAACUUUAACGAGGAAGUGCCACAGAAUUCGCUUCAUCCGUAAAACUAUGCAUUUCACACAACUCCAGUUUUCCGAGGCCAUAAUCCCCGUGCAUACUUAAUUGUUUUUUUAAUUACGUGGUACCAGCAGAAACACGUCUUUGCUAAGUUUAUUGACAUUUAAGAUGCGAACCAUCGGUUUUAGCAGAGCCUGGAGGGACAUGAGAUGUGCCUUUCAGUUUCACGGUGGACAGAAAUCAACUUUUACAGGAUCUGACCUCUUUUUCAACAAGCACACAGAGGAAUCGAUAACUUCUCCCGAUGUGUUCGUUUGCUAAUUAUCCCUACAGAUACUGUAGGUUAGCCACAUAAAGCUAAUUGCUUUAUGGAGUCCAAACAAGAACCAGUAAAUUUACUUACUAAGAAUUUUUAUGCAACAUCCAGAUGGUCAAAUUACGCCCUUUCUUUGUUGUCUUUUCACAGGUAAAGUUCGGAGAAAAGACCCGUACUCUUUCCAAAACGUAGCACAGCUUUAGCUCGUUAGCAUUCCUGUGUUGGUUGACUUUAGUCCCCUCAGGGCUACAAUGACAACUGAAAACUGAAACUCAAUGAUUUGUUUUCCCUUCGGUGCCAUAGACGCUGCAUCUGGAACAAAGUCAGAAGCUUCUGUCCACCGUCGCCAACAGCAGUCGUCCAUUUUCUGCAGCGUACACUCAUAUCUUCUCGUGCCAUAUGGGGGGUUGAAUAUGCAAGUGCAAGGACCUACGAGCAUAUCAUGCAUUUAUUCAACCACCAUUUUUCGUGAUUGGUGCCCUUCGCUUGGGUGUCGUACGUGUUGUCGUCAUUUUAGAGCCGUCUCACAUCGUUGUACUGAUCACUGAUAAACUGUUUGGG